AUGAAGUACUCAGAGGACUAUCAAAGUAGCAGUGAUUCUGAGCCUUCCCCUUCAUAUGCGAAACCUCGAUUCCUGUCUAACACACAGUUACAAGAGAAAAGGAUAAAUCCGUCUGAGGGUUUCAAGAAAGCUGGACAAGAUCUUAACAUCAGAAAUAAGUCUGUAAUUACCAAACUUUAUGACUUUACUAAUUUACGUAAGGUGAAAUUUGAUAAUAUAGCGAAUCAAAAUGUGUCUCCAGCUCCUGUUAAAGGUAGAACUUUAAAAUCGCUAAAUUUGAAGAAAUAUAGCACUGUCCGCGGCUACCAGUUCUUGGUCACUGAGGAUGAAUAUGAAAAAUUGUCUACUUCUAGCAAAAGCAGCGUUAGGAUUAAUGCCAAUAUCUUCAAUAAGAUACCCUAUCAUCGUCAUGUUUCCAAGAAACCCAAAGGCAUGUUGGAUUAUUGGACGGGAAGCGACAUAGUACGGGCGCCAAUUCAGGGAGUUCCUUUACUAGUGGAGGUCAAUAUUCAGGACAUUACAACAGCAGCAGUUCAUUCUUUCUAUAUUGAAAGUAGCAAGGUCCUAAAAGUUCCUAUUAGGAAAAUUCUUAAAGACCAGCGGAUCCGAUGGCAUCCAGACAGGAUGACAAGACGUUAUGAGUUUACGGGUCCUGUGACGCGUGUAAUCACACUAAUAUCGCAAGUCAUCAACGAGCUAUGGCUAGAGGAAUUGAACCAUGAUAGGGUAUAG